AUGGCAGUCCGUGCGAUAUCCCAGGAGGCAUUCGACGAUCUCGUAAGGGAAAAUGUGGAAGAUCUCGGAAUGGAACCUUCCGAAGCUCUCGAAGACGCUCUCUACACACUCAAACUCCAAGGCGUCGAUCUCUCCGGGAUCAUCACAUGCGUUCCAGGAGAAAGCGUGAAGGACAAUCCGGUGAUUGCGUGUUUAGAUAGACUCAAAGAAUUCGAUAGUGUUUCUAAAGAUGGACUCCUUCGAGAUGAGGAUCUGGAUGAGAUAUCGAGUUUGUUCGACAAGCUUGAAGAGCUUUGUAGCAGCCCAGAAUCUGGUAACGCGGCGAUUGCGAUGAAGCACGGUUCUGUGGAAUCAACAUGCUCGAUUUGCUCGAAAAUCAAAACAGCCACCGGAAGUAAUCGGAUCCUUGUUCCUUGUUUAAAAGCUUUGGCCUCCUUGAUCCGUGACAUUCAGAGCACAGAGGCAUUCAGGAAUGCUUCUGGACCAAGGAUUGUGGUUGGUCUCUUAAGGGAUUCCAGCUCCGAUUCUGAUUUAUUAGAUGCUGGUUUUGGGGUUGUUGCUGCAGCAGCAGCUGGUAACGAAGUCGUCAAACAGUUAUUCAUGGAGCUGAAAGUCGAUGAACUUAUUCUUCAAGUGCUGAAUCAGCAGAGUAAAAUCACUAUUAAAGCUUUGUACGAUGCCAUUCGUGUGAUUUUGACUCCAGAUGAUAACCGUGUGGUUGCUUCCCAAGUUUAUGGUUAUGCACGGACUUUCGCCAAAUUAGGGAUUGCAAGAGCCCUCACGGAAGCAUUACAGGCAGGGAUUGGCUCUGAUAGCUUGGUGUCAGCAAGUAUUGCGUUAAAAUCAAUUGCUGUAAACGAUGAAAUAUGUAAAUCUAUUGCUGAAGCUGGUGGAAUAGAUACACUUCUUCGAUGUAUUGAUGAUAGCGGUGAACAAGGCAACAAAACUGCUGCUAAGACGUGCUGUUCGCUUUUGUCUAAGUUGGCAGGAAGUGACUCUAACAAGAGUACCAUAGUUGAGAAGCGGGGUCUUGACAAGCUAAUCAAACUUGCACAACGAUUCUCUGACGAUCCUCUAGUCAUACAAGAGGUCAUGUCGAUAAUCGCUAUAAUCUGCCUGAGAUCACCAGACCAUGCAGCCAGUGCUAUAGAAGCCGGAGCUGGUGAUCUGGCGGUCCAAGCUAUGAAGAGGUUCCCAACAGCGGCUCAAAUGCAGAGAAACGCUUGCAACAUGAUACGGAACAUUGCUGUAAGAAGUGCAGAGAACAGAACUCAUCUGCUUGCCAUUGGAAUUGAGAAGCUGAUAAGGACUGCGAAGGCCAACAAUGAGACAUGCAGAGAGUCUGCAACUGAUGCACUGAGAGACCUUGGCCUUGAUAACUACAAUAGCUAA